AUGAUUGCCUGUUUUAUGACAGCUGUUUUGAUGUUACAAAUGUUAACAUCAUCUACUGCUUAUUAUACACCUAUUACCCGACACACUCCAUCACUUAAAUAUGAAUUGUGUGAAAUAUAUCCAUUGGAGGAAUUCUGUUCUGAUGUACCACAAAAUUACAUACUUGAAUUUGGAAAUGGAGAUCGUCUUAAAAAUUUUAUUAUUCUAAGCGAUGAGAAUGACAAUAUUAGACGUGUUACAAAACGAUAUACACAAAAAGCCAAAAAAGAAAUUGUCCAAGCUCCAAACUUAGACACUUUAUUAAGAUUUGGACGUUAA